CAGACACACACAGUGCACCUCGGACAAGUGGGAUGAGACCAGUGUGUCGGACUGGAGUGAACAUUUAAGUGGAGAACUUUUUCUUCCUCUGCUGGUAUUAUAUUUUGUUUGUUCUGGAGGUGGAGACCUGUUAGGACGAGCGCGUUUUCUCUCCAGGAGCGCGCAGUGUGUGGCACACGCUGGAACAAAAACAGCUCGGUGCAGCGAGUGCAGCGCAGGCAGCUUUCCGUUUUAAAAGCAGCAGGAGAGGCAGGAGAGUUACGGAGUCCGCUGGGAAGCGGUGUCGGUGCGUGAGAAAGACGGACACCUAUCUCUAAAAAAAACGACGGAGAAGAAAGGAACUUGGAUAUGGCGAGUGUGAAGACGUUCGACCUUCUCGUUGGAGUUGUUUUAGUUUUGCAGUGUGUGGGAAAUGCCCGAGCCGAGAUCACUGACGGAAACGGGGUCUCUUACUCAUUCGUCCCGGGGCAGGCAGGAGACGAGGACGCACCAGUGGACGUCAAGCUGUACAGUCACCGUUGGAGGAGAUGGCUUCCCCCGAAACCUCGUAACAUGGAUAGUAACAGGGCCAGUCAGGAGCAGGACCAGGAGCCUGAGCAGGUGGAGCCAGAGGGCCUCCCAGGCCUGCUGUCUGCAGAGGACACGGACAACAGUUCCCAGAUAGAGGAGGAUACAGAUCACGACUACUACACGUCAAAAACAUACAGCCCGUCGGAUCCAAUGAGCAAGGACUUGUGGGUAAAUAUUGACCAGAUGGACAAGGAGAAAGUCAAGAUCCAUGGGAUUCUGUCCAACACUCACAGACAAGCAGCGAGAGUUAAUCUGUCCUUCGAUUUCCCUUUUUAUGGACAUUUCCUGCGUGAAAUCACCGUGGCGACUGGUGGGUUCAUCUACACGGGGGACGUGGUGCACCGGAUGCUAACAGCGACACAGUACAUCGCUCCUCUAAUGGCAAACUUUGACCCCAGUGUCUCCAGAAACUCAACUGUCAUCUACUUUGACAACGGCACUGCUCUGGUGGUGCAAUGGGACCAUGUGCACCUGCAGGACAACUACAACCUGGGAAGCUUCACCUUCCAGGCGACGCUACACAACACCGGCAGGAUCGUUUUUGCAUACAAAGAGAUCCCCAUUGAGGUGUCACAGAUCAGCUCUGUCAAUCACCCAGUGAAGGUGGGCCUGUCUGAUGCCUUUGUGGUGGUCCACAAGAUCCAGCAGAUACCCAAUGUGAGGCGGAGGACAAUCUACGAGUACCACCGCGUGGAGCUGACGAAGACGAGGAUCACCAAUUCUACAGCCGUGGAAAUGAUGCCUUUACCCACCUGUCUCCAGUUCACCAGCUGUAGCGCGUGCAUCUCCUCACAGAUCAACUUCAACUGUAGCUGGUGCCAUCGGCUCAACAGAUGUUCCAGUGGCUUUGACCGCCAUCGGCAGGAUUGGGUGGACAACAGCUGUCCAGAUGAGACAAAGGACAAGAUGUGCGACAUCAUCGACACUACGCACCUCUACCCCUUCACCACUACGAUUGUCGCCAAGACAACAUCCAGGACCAAAGAGGCCACUGCAGGCAGGGACACACCCUCCACCUCCUACCCUCCCACCAGCGUCCCCACUGAAGAUGAUACCAAGAUCGCCCUGCAUCUCAGAGACAACCAGGUGAUGCCUGCUGACAGCGCUGUUGACAGGAUGCCAGGAACACACCCUUUGCACAUUGGUCUGAUCCUCGGCAUCCUCCUGGUGGCGCUCAUCAUGGUUGCCGGCGUGCUGGUCACAGUGUACGUCUACCAUCACCCAACCUCUGCGGCCAGCCUCUUCCUUAUUGAGAGACGCCCAAGCAGGUGGCCAGCCAUGAAGUUUCGCCGGGGGUCAGGCCACCCAGCCUACGCGGAGGUGGAGCCAGUGGGCCAGGAGAAGGAGGGCUUCAUCGAGUCCGAGCAGUGCUGAGGGAAGAGGGGGCGCCUGCACCCCCCCGCAGCCCCCCUCCUCCCUCCUGCUCCACAGGCACUUCUCCCCAGGAACCUCCAGGAUCUGCUUAUCAGUGGAGGUGAUCAGUGACUCGUUAAGACUGCGGAAUCGGCCCAUUGAGCGCUAGAUGAGACUGGAUAGGGCAGCCAAGGAUAUAAGGAAGCUGAUCCCAGACAAGCCCAUUGAUCAGCUCCGGUUGGCAAGGAACUGACCUACUGGGGUCAGAGGGAGGGAACAGCAUUGAUCUCAUCGAGUCAGUCAGCAUUGGUUAAGUUUUGUACGGCUGCUAUCAUGUUGCCAUGGAGGGAUAGUACAGCCUGACUGCCUAGACUGGAAAUUGGUGUGUCGGAGGGGGUGAAUUAUACAAUAUAUAUUUUCAAAAACAAUACAGAGUAUGUGAACAGAGAUUUCCACUUUAUUGUUAGUGGGGUUAUACUGUAUAGGCCUUUGUAUAUCCAUCAGGUUUUUACUUCUUUCCCUUUUUCUUUCAGUAUGUUUGUUUUCAUAGGGGUUGGCACAUGUUUCUGUAUAGACCGUCUGUAUUGCUUUUCAAUACCAUAGCAGGCUUAAUUGACUUUUCCACUGCCGGCUCUGCAGAGAGGCUGCAGCUGUGCGAUAUGACGUGAGCUGAACUCCUGUCACUGCGAUUCAUCUCGGCUCGAAGAGAAAAAGCUCUGAACAAACAGAAUCAGUGUUGAAUUAGUUGGUUUCAUUAUCUGAAAAUGACGUGUGAGAUGUCUUUUGUUCACUGAGAAUAUGUCAGCGGGUUUUUUUUUUUUAAUGGGUGAUGGGUACACUCUAUCCUUUUCAUUCUUUUGACUGGUUCUUUGAUUGAUUCAUUGCAUCACUGAUAUAAUUUUAUUGGGUUUUUUUAUUUUUGCAGUUUUUUCAUUACUGCCGUGCCAUUUUGUCCCCAACUAGAGUUUGCACAUUUUGUUCUUCUCAUUUGACAUGUGGUUCUAAUGCAAAAUUACAAGACAGGCGCUUGUGAGUGUGUAUGCUGAAUAUAUUUUCUAAAGUGUAAGUGAUUCUCGUGUGUGUGUGUGUGUGUGUGUGUGUGUGUGUGUGUGUGUGUGUAAACGUGUGUGUGAAUGCAGAAGUGAGCAGUUUACAAAAAAGUGAUUGGAUAUCCACCUGCUUUAUGGGUGCAUAUGUUUGAGCUGGCUCUGCACAGUUAAUUCUUAUUGAUUUGAAUCUGAGGUAUCUGGAUACAGUUUGUGUGAGCCAAGAAGACGCACUGGUAUGGUUGAAGUUUUCCUAGAUUUAACAGUGUGGUUUCCUUUUCCAGUAUGUUGCCAGCAUUAACCAUUGGCUACUCUGUGUUUAUGUUAUGAUGGCCCAUCAGUGCCAACACAUUAAUGUAUAUACCAAGGCCAAAACAUUUGCAGAUUCAGGUAACUCAUGGCAAACAUUUGUAGUAUAGCAGUAUAGUACAGAAAAACUUUUUUAUUUUUUGAGUGGCCUUUUUUUCUCUACUUUUUUACUUAAAUGUGAAUAAGGUUCCAAUCAUUACUGUCACUGAUCAAUACACAAAUUCACUAAUUUCUACUGUUAGAUAUUAUUUCAAGACACAUGUUUUUACACCGAUGAUUUUAGACUCAUUUUAGAGACAAUAUCAGUAUCCUGGAAUUAUACUGAAAAAUAAAACGUGCAAUAUUACACCCGUUCAGUUUGACGCUGAAAAUACAUUAAAAUGAACAAUCAUCUAUUUUUUUUAAUUCACACCUUGUCGUCAUCACAUUGAGACCAAAGACUAAUCAGCAUCUGAGUGAGCUACAUUUUCCAGUAUUUAAAGCCUCAUUACUCAGCAGCCAUGCCACCAUCCAGAACAUACCUGUUAAGUAGGACUUAGUAACUUGACCCGUUUGAAUUGUGCCCUGAAAUACACAUAUGAUGUCUGUCAACUUAAAAGAUAACUCUGCAAGUCAAGAAAGUCGCAUUUUGUCGUAAAAAUGUUGAGGUAUAAAGCUGUGAAAAUAGGUAAGUAUAAACACCACAAAACCCAAAAGUCGAGUGACCUUUUCUCUUAGUGAUUGAAGCUAAAGUUACUGAAGCUAACGUCACUGAUGCUAACAUCAAAGAGCGUACAUGAGUAGAUGACGUGACGAAAGGACCAGGAGUCGUUGGAUUGAACACAUUAGGUGAGAUACAUUUAUUUGUGGAACAUAGCUAAGUUACCUAGCUAGUAGCAAGCAUUGACUGUUUAAAACAAGUGAACGUAGUCACCAUGAUGUCACCGUGACGUCACCCAUUUGUUUGUGGACUGUCUUUUUGAAGCCUCAGGUUUGGCCGUUAGGUCGCAGCUAUGUUGAUUUAUUGCAACCUGCAGCACCGGACGUGACCAUAUUCGGAUGAGAGGGUGGCGCUAGAUAGCUUUGUUAGCUAGCUACAGCUGUAAUUCACGUCAACUGUGAUUUUAACUGGGAUGCCAGUUUUGGCUAGCUAAAAACAGGUUUACAACAAAAUGUACUUACGAAAAAAUUAACAGCUGACUGCUAAUAAGCUUGUUCAAUGGUGCUGGUUAACUUUACACAGUGCAGUGGAAACAAGUCACCUCUGAUUGACCUGAUUGACAGGUCACCAUGUUACUGGCUUCACAAUCACAAGGUAGCCACGCCCUAAAGCAUACGCUGCUUUAUAAUCUAUUUUCCUCUAAACUGGGCCAUAAUUUACUAAAUAAACAUCAAGCUGUGUUAAAGAAGACUUGAAACUAGAAUUCAGACCAUAAACUCAUGAUUAAAGUGUUUACCGAGGGAAUAAAUUAAGUGAGAAUUAGGGUAAUUUUACCAUUAUUUAUAAUGGAACCGGACUUCUUUUUGCAACCAGGAGUUGCCUCCUGCUGUCCGUACUUCUGCAUUGGCUAACUUUCAGGCACGGAGACGAGAGUGUUUUCACACAAAACUAAAUGUUACUUAACUGUUUUACGACAAGCUGCGACUUUUUUGACGGACAAAAUUACCUAAAUGGACAAUAAUCAUAUGUGUAAUUCAGGACACCAAUCAAAUGGGAUCAAAAAUGUUGUCUCUUGCUGUUGUCUACCGUACAUAUUUUUCUGAAAUAAGGUCCCAUGGAGCGGAAGCAAAAGGAAGGGGCUUAGGUGUGUUCCUCAGCCACUUAUUGUCGAAUAAUUACCCUUCCCCCCAGCAGCGAUUGUCCAGUCAUAGCUUAGCCACCGUAUCUCGGCAUGGCUAACAUGUGAAGCUUCGGCUUUCUCCACAGGUUGAAGCUAUGUAAAUGGCAUUGUAAUUUAAAGAGUUUGGAGGGUGGUGACUUUUUAAUUAGCCUUUCAAAAAAGAAAAAUACAAGCUCCACAAUAUAAAGAAUGGAUUAAACUUUUCCAUCAUUAUCUUCCCUAACGCGCAAUCAUUAGCAUGUCCGGCUAACUAGCUUACAGUAGUAACCAAGAGUACUUGCAAGACCAAGAUGCGUGCCAUUAAAGUAUGCUUAAUAACGAGUUAAAAAGCAACUAACGUUCCUCUGAAUGAUUUUUUUUUAACCUGUUGUGUCUGUAUUUCCACAUCCAAACAAAGAUGGCAGCGCACCAAUACCUUUAUAGGAAUCAGAAUCACAACUUGGAUAAUGGGUUAAAAAUAUUUUUUAUUGUCCAGCGGAAUGAAUAUUUUUUCAUCUAGAUGGUUAAAAGAGUCUUUGGGGAUUCUGAAAAUAUUGUGGUUUUUCAAACAUCGCUGGCUGUUGGUAACCCCUGUGACCCGAAUGUAGGCUAACUUUACCCGAGAAACAAUACCAAGAUACCGUUACGUACCAAUCGCUUGGUCCUUAUCCUAAAAGCCUUUUUUUCUUUUUACGGUAAACAAGUCAAAACAUACUGGUUGAAAAACGUAUGCAAGCUAAAUGGGCUCAUGUUUGAACAAAAUAACAGGCAUUUUACUUUAUUAGCUUAACAGUUAACAUAACUUACGUUAACUGGAUCUGCCUGGGAUAGCUUUAACCUUUAAAUUGAUCUUUUAGUAUUCAUCAUGAAGGUGAUGUAGACGCUAUGUGCUUAUUUAAGACCUCUUUUACAAGAUUAAUGUUUUAAAACAAGUCAGCCAGAAACGGCGUUUUCAACCAUCACAUGGAUCUAAUAUUAACUUAAUUAGCUCGCUGGCUACAACUGAUGAAGUGCUGCUACAAAUGAGAAGCCUGAUUUUGUCUACCACUGUCUAAAAUCUUUGUUUAAAAAAAUUACAAAGAAGUUUCAUGGUAAGUUCUAACCAUUAUUAUUGUAAACUGCAUGUGUAACUAAGGGGUCAUGGCUUAGCUAACAGUGGACAUCUUCCCGACUAAAUGCCAAGUAACCAUUUCAUCCUCUAAAUACACUCUCAUUAACACCCACACGCCCAAAGAGUCAUGCACAAAUACCAAAUUAAGGACUGGCUGGCUGUUUUAAACCUUCACACAGACGUGUCUUUACAACUACACUGAGCUCUGAUGUGGUCUCAUUGGUGUCGACCAGAGAGUACAAACCCCUGCUUUUACGACUCCUCAUAACUCUCUUUUCCCAACAGUGUCUAAAACGCCUACAGGAGAGAGAACAGAGCGUGAAGUUUCACAGGCUAAUAGCUUUUUCAUGCAUACAGAUAUUUUGUUAAUACUGUUAGAUUGAUCCCUGUGGGGAAAUGCUCUUGAACAUCUGCUUGUUGUACACUGCCACCUGAAGCUGCAAGUGUUUUCAUAACCACUGUCAAAAUGCAGUCAGAGAAAGUGGCUGAUAGACUUGUUUGCGUUAAAACAUGUCUACAAAAGCCAAAACAUUUUGAUCAUAGAAACAGGAGGUUGUCAAGCAAGUGUUCACUUGCUUCACUGGACUCGACUAAUCAAUUUCACUCCCACUUACUUAACGGUGUCCUCUUUAGAUGACGAAAAAGCAGCAUAGUGGUGUUGUUGAGAUAGGUUUUACUGCUAUGUGAUGUUCUUUUUAUCUCUGACUUGUGAGUCGGACUGAAAGAUGCUAAGUCACACAGAUUGCCAGAGCUCAAUAUACAGAAACAAGAACUGUGACCUUGUUUUUUCGCAUCAUGACGGCACUCCAUAGCACACAGUGAAACACAGAAUCACAUGGUAUCAUAGCUGUCUGUAAUUUCUGUAACUGCUGUUGUUUUGAUUACAUUUGAAAUAAUAAACAAUGUUGUUAAAUAUAAAA